CUCUCUCCUCAGGCUCUCGCGUGGCCGCCCCACCUCGCGGGGGGAACUCUAGCGCUGCUGGGCGCCGCCAUCGUGAACCUCGUUCAUCACUGGGCGCCGCCAUCUUGUGCCCUCCCCGUACAGGGCGGGCGCCGCCAUCUUGUGCCCUCCCCGUGCGGUGUGUCGGCCAUGGCGGGGCUGCUGUGCCGCCUGCUCCUCUGCCUGGCGGCCGCCGGGGCCGCCGCCGACCUGCUGCUGGAGGAGGCGCGGCGCUCCGUGGACCUCAGCACUCACCUGGCCAAGGUCUCGGCCGAGCUCAGCCUGGCCAACGCGGCGGGCGGCACGGCCGCCUCAGCCUUCCUGCUGGCGCUGGAGCCCGGCCUGGAGCCCCGCCUGGCCUACCUGGGCGUGCAGGUAAAGGGUGAGGAAGAAGAGGAGAACACCUUGGAAGUGAGAGAGACUAAAGUUAAGGGCAAAAGUGGAAAAUUCUUCUCUGUGAAGCUGCCAUCUCCUUUGGCACCGGGAGCCAAGGUCCGUGUAUCUGUUGAAAUGGUUUUCACGCACGUCCUGCAGCCCUACCCCACCCACAUCACCCAGAGUGAGAAGCAGUUUGUGGUCUUUGAAGGAAAUCACUAUUUCUACUCACCAUACUUCACCAAGACCCAAACAACCCGGGUCAAACUGGCCUCUAGGAAUGUGGAGAGUUACACCAAGCUGGGCAACCCUUCCCGCACUGAAGACAUGAUUGAAUAUGGCCCCUUCAAGGACAUUCCCCCAUACAGCCAGGACACUCUGAAGGUGCACUAUGAAAAUAACAGUCCAUUCCUGACCAUCACCAGUAUGACCCGAGUCAUCGAGGUGUCUCACUGGGGGAACAUUGCAGUUGAAGAGACGGUUGAUUUAAAGCACACAGGAGCAGUGCUGAAGGGGCCUUUCUCCAGAUACGACUACCAGAGACAGCCAGACAGCGGGAUCUCUUCUGUCAAGUCUUUUAAGACCAUUCUCCCAGCUGCUGCUCAGGAUGUCUAUUACAGAGAUGAAAUCGGAAACAUCUCCACCAGCCACCUCCUUGUCCUGGAUGACUCCGUGGAGAUGGAGAUCCGUCCCCGCUUCCCACUUUUUGGAGGAUGGAAAACCCAUUACAUCAUUGGCUAUAACCUGCCAAGCUACGAAUACCUCUACAAUCUGGGUGACCAGUAUGCCUUGAAAAUGAGGUUUGUCGACCACGUGUUUGAUGAGCAAGUUACAGACUCUCUGACUGUCAAGAUCAUCCUGCCAGAAGGUGCCAAGAAUAUCCAUGUGGACAGCCCCUAUGAAAUCAAUCGUGCUUCAGACGAGCUUCACUACACUUACCUGGACACUUUUGGACGUCCAGUUAUUGUGGCACACAAGAGCAACCUGGUGGAGCAGCACAUCCAAGACAUCGUGGUUCAUUACACCUUCAACAAAAUCUUGAUGCUGCAGGAGCCUCUGUUGGUGGUUGGAGCUUUUUACAUCUUGUUCUUCACUGUGAUCGUCUACGUGAGGCUGGAUUUCUCCAUCACUAAGGAUCCAGCUGCUGAAGCUAGGAUGAAGGUUGCCUGCAUCACAGAGCAAGUGCUCACUCUGGUGAACAAGAGACUUGGGCUGUACCGUCACUUUGAUGAAGCAGUGAAUAAAUACAAGCAGUCACGGGACAUCUCCACCCUGAACAGCGGCAAAAAGGCUUUGGAGACGGAGCACAAGGCCCUGACAAAUGAAAUAGCUUCUCUGCAGUCUAAACUGAAGACAGAAGGCUCUGACUUAUGUGAUAAAGUAAGUGAGAUUCAGAAGCUUGAUGGCCAAGUCAAAGAGCUUGUUCUGAAGUCCUCGGUCGAGGCUGAGCGGCUGGUAGCUGGCAAGCUCAAGAAGGACACGUACAUCGAGAAUGAGAAGAUGCAUUCCAACAAGCGCCAGGACCUGGUCACCAAAAUCGACAACAUCCUUGAUGCACUGUAACUGUCUGGUUUGACAGCUGGGUGGAAGGGAGAGGUAUGGAGUGAAAUGAGAAGCCUGGGAGUGGAUACACUUUGAGCCAAAACUCCUUCCCAGCAAAAUUAGGGGAAAAGUUGAUGUGAAAUGUCUGAAAGUAUGUUUUGGUUUUAGGUUUUUCUGUAGAGCCUGUCUGCUCAGCAACAUGUGCUGUGCAAGGGACCAUGACAUCAUGCUGUUUGGCUGGGUAACAGGGUUUCUUUACCAGAGGUGGGGCUCAGCCAGGUUAUAAAACAGUCUCCCGCUUUCGGUUUUCCCUGUAUAGAUGUGCCCUGACUAAACGCACACAAACAGCCAGUCUGAGCACAGGCAUGCUCGUGGCAAAUCUGAAUGUUGCAUCUCCAGAAAGAAUAAAAGAUAACUUUGUUCUACUUUGAAAUAAAA